UCGGAUAGGAGCCACAAGGAUCUGGAGCUCGAGCUUCUAAAUUGCAGCUGGCCUCUGGCCAGGUGACCUUUGCUUUCUCAGAACCCGACCGGCUCGCAACAGGAUUCUCUCAGCCCGGCAUCUCCUGCAGAGGGAUCAGCCUGCUCGAACUGCAACAAGCAUAAUGUGGGGGGCCAAAGUUCUGUCGGUCCUGUUGCUGCAGCAUGUGCUCCUGCACCUCCUCCUGCUUCCUGUCACCAUCCCCUAUGCAGAAGGACAGAAGAAAAGAAGAAAUACACUCCAUGAAUUCAAAAAGUCAGCAAAGACCACUCUCACCAAGGAAGACCCAUUAUUGAAGAUUAAAACCAAAAAAAUGAACUCUGCAGAUGAGUGUGCCAAUAGAUGUAUUAGGAAUAAGGGCCUUCCAUUCACUUGCAAGGCCUUUGUUUUUGAUAAGACAAGAAAACGAUGCCACUGGUUCCCUUUCAAUAGUAUGUCAAGUGGAGUGAAAAAGGGGUUUGGCCAUGAAUUUGACCUCUAUGAAAACAAAGACUAUAUUAGAAACUGCAUCAUUGGUAAAGGAGGCAGCUACAAGGGGACAAUAUCAAUCACCAAGAGUGGUAUCAAGUGUCAACCUUGGAAUUCCAUGAUCCCCCAUGAACACAGCUUUUUGCCUUCGAGCUAUCGCGGUAAAGACCUACAGGAAAACUACUGUCGAAAUCCUCGAGGGGAAGAAGGGGGACCCUGGUGUUUCACAAGCAAUCCAGAGGUACGCUACGAAGUCUGUGACAUUCCUCAGUGUUCAGAAGUGGAAUGCAUGACCUGCAAUGGUGAAAGCUACCGGGGUCCCAUGGAUCACACAGAGUCAGGCAAGACCUGUCAGCGCUGGGAUCAUCAGACACCGCACCGGCACAAAUUCUUGCCUGAGAGAUAUCCCGACAAGGGCUUUGAUGAUAAUUAUUGCCGCAAUCCUGAUGGCAAGCCGAGGCCAUGGUGCUAUACUCUUGACCCUGACACCCCUUGGGAGUAUUGUGCAAUUAAAAUGUGCGCUCCCAGUGCUGUGAAUGACACGGAUUUCCCUGUGGAAACAACUGAAUGCAUUCACGGCCAAGGAGAAGGUUAUAGAGGGACCAGCAGCACCAUUUGGAAUGGGAUUCCCUGCCAGCGCUGGGAUUCUCAGUACCCUCACCAGCAUGAUGUAACUCCUGAGAACUUCAAGUGCAAGGACCUUAGAGAAAAUUAUUGCCGCAAUCCAGAUGGGGCUGAAUCACCAUGGUGUUUUACCACUGAUCCAAACAUCCGAGUUGGCUACUGCUCACAAAUUCCCAAGUGUGACGUGUCAAGUGGACAAGAUUGUUAUCGUGGAAAUGGGAAAAAUUACAUGGGCAACUUAUCCAAAACAAGGUCUGGACUUACAUGCUCAAUGUGGGAGAAGAAUAUGGAGGAUUUACACCGUCAUAUUUUCUGGGAGCCAGAUGCAAGCAAGUUGAAUAAGAAUUAUUGCCGGAAUCCUGAUGACGAUGCCCAUGGACCUUGGUGCUACACGGGGAAUCCUCUUAUUCCUUGGGAUUAUUGCCCUAUUUCCCGUUGUGAAGGCGAUACCACACCUACUAUUGUUAAUUUGGACCAUCCUGUAAUAUCCUGUGCCAAAACAAAACAACUGCGAGUUGUAAACGGCAUUCCAACACGGACAAAUGUAGGAUGGAUGGUUAGUUUGAAAUACAGAAAUAAACAUAUCUGUGGAGGAUCCUUGAUAAAGGAAAGUUGGGUUCUUACUGCAAGGCAAUGUUUUCCAGCAAGAAACAAAGACUUGAAAGAUUAUGAAGCUUGGCUUGGAGUUCAUGAUGUCCAUGGAAGGGGCGAAGAGAAACGCAAACAGGUCCUCAACGUUUCCCAGCUGGUCUAUGGACCUGAAGGCUCAGAUCUGGUAUUGCUGAAGCUUGCUCAGCCCGCGGUCCUGGAUGACUUUGUUAGUACAAUUGAUUUACCCAAUUAUGGCUGCACAAUCCCUGAAAAGACCACUUGCAGUGUUUAUGGCUGGGGCUACACUGGAUUGAUCAACUCGGAUGGUUUAUUACGAGUAGCACAUCUGUACAUUAUGGGGAAUGAGAAAUGCCGACAGCAUCAUCAAGGGAAGGUGACUCUGAAUGAGUCUGAACUGUGUGCUGGGGCUGAAAAGAUUGGAUCAGGACCAUGUGAGGGAGAUUAUGGCGGCCCACUCAUUUGUGAGCAACACAAAAUGAGAAUGGUUCUUGGUGUCAUUGUUCCUGGCCGUGGGUGUGCCAUCCCAAACCGUCCUGGUAUUUUUGUCCGAGUAGCAUAUUAUGCAAAGUGGAUACACAAAGUGAUUUUGACGUACAAGUUGUAAUAGCCAUAGAAGAAGCCUGUGUAUUUGAAGUGUCCAUACAUGAGGAUUUCAGAGACUUCAAGGUUAAACUGUCACCUAAACCAACCCUAAAAUAACUACUUGAGUGUUAUGAAUGUUCAGGAACUCAUUAAUAUAUAUGGGUGUUUUCUGUUUUGUUUGUCAGUGUUAUUUUGUAAUUGUUGACGUGAAUUAAGGUACCUGUAAGUGCAGUAACAUAUCUCCUGAAGAUACUUGAAUGGAUUAAAAACAUGCAAAAGUAUAGUUGCUAGAUGAUAAAAGAUUUAAAGGUAAAGGUUAAUUAAUCAUUCUAUGCUGCUUGUCAGGUUAAUAUCUUAAUGAUGAAUUAAUCAUAAGUUAAACAUUAUUUUUACCCCAUCAAAACAAUUUGUACCUUGUGUUUUUAACUUGUAACUCUAUAUUAAAUUAUAUUACACUUCAUAUGACACAUGCUAUACUUCAUUCAUUUUUUGCAACAUAUAUCCUGCAAUACCAGUACACAACCAUCCUUUUACAAAAACACAUGACCAUAACACAUGGCUGAGUACACAUGCAGCACAUAUUACAGUUUAAACCAUGAUGUAUCUAGUGUGAUAUCUAAAUACUUUGGAUGUAUGUAUCUAUAUUUAUUCUAAAAUUUAAGAUUUUUGAAAGAUCAGUGGGAAUAUUCAGGAAAGGUACAAGGUAUAAGUGUUGACUCUCUGUACAUAUCACAUAUGACCUCCACUGGAAGUGUUCAGAGUCAGGAUAGGACCCAUAGGAUAAAAUAAUGACUAGCCUUGAUGUUUAUUUAUAUUUAUUAUCCUAGUUAUUUUGUGUGCUUUCUAAUUCUUAAAAAGCAGAAAGUACUAAGUGUAUUUGUAUUAUUUCUUUCCACCAAAUUUGGGCUACUUAUUUAUGCAGGAUUUUGGUAGGUCUAUUUUCUUAAAACACUUAUUCAGUUUUCAAAUGUGUCUUAAUGAAAAAAUUUAAAAGUGUCUCUGUCUUCAAAUAUAUAUUUAUAUGGGUUAAUAUUAAAACUUGCUGCUGUGAUUGGCUUCUAGCUCACUCUCCUUAAAUUAAAAAAAUGAUUUAGCAUAAAAAUAUCCAUGUCUGAAAAGCUUUGUGAAUAUCCCUUCAUUAACUUUUGUUUUGAAAUACUUUGGAGAAAAAAAAGGAAAAUACUUUCCUCAACCUAAAAAUACUUAUCCUUUGAGUAAUAGGAAAAAAUAAGAAGUGAAAGAAAAAAUAG